CAGCUGGAGAAAUGGGUUAGACUGGGAUUAGUCCUGAUGUGGAGCUAAAGGAAGAAAGAUGUCAGCUCCAGAGAUGCCGGACCUGAGCCACCUGACCGAGGAGGAGAGGAAGAUCAUCCUCUCGGUCAUGGAUCGGCAGAAGAAAGAAGAAGAGAAGGAGCAGUCCAUGCUGAAGCAGUCUCCCAACAAAGGGCCAAUAUCACAGUUUUCUCAGAGGCUGCAUCAGCAGUUUGAGAUGUAUAAGGAUCAGGUGAAGAAGCUCGGUGACGAGGCUCAGAAGAAUCAGGAGCAGAAGAGUGACUCUCCAACUUGCGGAAUUUGCCACAAAACCAAAUUUGCCGACGGCUGCGGCCACGUGUGUUCUUAUUGCCAAACCAAGUUCUGCGCUCGCUGCGGGGGCCGAGUAUCUCUGCGCUCCAACAAGGUAAUGUGGGUGUGCAACUUGUGCCGAAAACAACAGGAAAUCCUCACCAAGUCAGGAGCCUGGUUCUACGGAGGUGCUGAGGGCCGAAGGUUAGGACCCGAUGUCAAAGGUCAUCUAGAUCCAUCUGGAUUAGCUGUGCAAAGUGCUUCAGGUGUUCCAGUGGACAGGAGAAGAAGCCCAUCGACUUCCAGGACUUACAAAGGGGACGUCGUUGGACGAUCUCAGCAUGGGGAUGGCAUCAUACCUCGUUCUCCGUCUGACUCGAACCGCUGGCGUUACCAGGAUCAUCACCUGGACGUUCCGAUAGACGAUCGCGAGCUCCAGCGGCAGCGUGAGGAGGAGUAUCGCUCUCGGUACCGCAGUGACCCCAACCUUGCACGGUACCCUGUUAAACCGCAGCCUUACGAGGAGCAGAUGCGAAUCCAUGCUCAGGUUUCUAGAGCACGGCACGAACGACGCCACAGUGACGUUUCCUUGGCUUUCACCGAGCUCGACGAAGCUCACAACGGUUUCGACGGCCGACGCCCCACAUCAAAACGCUCGUAUUCAAUGGACAGAAGCUCGCCGGCUCUCAGGACGUUCAGUAAAACGCACCAUCUGGACCCGGGUAUGAUGGAUGGUGUGAUGAGGACCGAUUCGCUCAGCUCAGAUCAGUCAGAGUCGAUGAGGCCUGCAAGGAGCCGGAGAACAGGGCGGUUCAGGGCAGCGGGGAGUUUCAGCAGUUCGGAGGAGGAGAUCAACACCACGCCAGAGUACACGAGCUGUGAGGAUGUAGAGCUCGAGUGUGAAUCCUUUGGUGAGAAAGGAGAUAUGGAUGGCCACUGGUGGGAUUAUGCGUCUUGGCAUAACGAGUCCUCGCCAAUGUAUAUGCACCCAGUGACAUGGCAGCCGUCCAAAGAUGGAGAUCGCUUAAUCGGGCGGAUUUUACUGAACAAGCGGAUGAAGGAUGGCACAGUGCCCCGAGACACGGGCGCUCUGCUGGGGCUCAAGGUGGUUGGAGGGAAAAUGACUGAAUCUGGUCAGCUUUGUGCUUUUAUUACCAAAGUGAAAAGAGGAAGCUUAGCAGAUACAGUCGGCCAUCUCCGACCAGGUGAUCAGGUUCUCGAGUGGAACGGCAGGGUUCUUCAGGGAGCCACGUUUAAGGAAGUUUAUAAUAUUAUCCUCGAGUCCAAACCUGAGCCGCAGGUCGAGCUUCUGGUGUCGCGUCCCAUCGGUGACGUACCGAGAAUAUCAGACAGCACACACGGACAGCUUGAAUCCAGUUCAAGUUCAUUUGAAUCGCAGAAGAUGGGUCCAUCUAUUUCCGUCACGUCUCCCAUGAGUCCCGGAGUCCUCCGUGAUGCGCCGCAGUAUUUGUCUGGACAGCUUUCAAGUCCAUGCCUUAAUAGAAGAACCACGCCUUUUGUCCCUAGGGUCCAGGUUAAGUUGUGGUACGACAAAGUGGGACACCAACUCAUCGUCACCAUUUUGGGCGCCAAAGACCUGCCUGCUCGAGAGGAUGGUCGUCCCAGGAACCCCUACAUCAAAAUUUACUUCCUUCCUGACAGAAGUGAUAAAAGCAAGAGAAGAACGAAAACAGUGAAGAAGUCGUUAGAGCCCAAGUGGAACCAGACGUUCAUGUACUCGCCCGUGCACAGGCGCGAAUUCAGGGAGCGAAUGCUGGAGAUCACACUAUGGGACCAGGCACGGGUUCGAGAGGAGGAGAGCGAGUUCCUUGGAGAGAUUUUAAUAGAGCUGGAGACGGCCCUGCUGGAUGAUCAACCUCACUGGUAUAAACUCCAAACGCAUGACAUUUCCUCCAUGCCACUGCCGAACCCUUCACCCUACAUGCAAAGACGCUUCAUACAGGGAGAGAGUCCAACACGGAGACUACAGAGAUCACAGCGAAUCAGUGACAGCGAAUUUUCCGACUACGACUGUGAGGACGGAAUCGGUGUCAUAUCAGAUUACCGGCACAAUGGCAGAGAGUUCCAGAGCUCCACCCUGUCCGUCCCCGAGCAGGUCAUGUCGUCCAAUCAUCGCUCUCGAUCGGACGUGAUGCGCAACCGCUCUCGUUCUCCCAGCGUUCCUCCUCCUCACAGUCGGAGUUUAGAUCACGGCGUAAGAGGACCGGUGCAUUAUGGGCCUCGACAUCGACUCUCGGAAGACCGAUAUUCCCCCGAUAGAAACUCAGUCACUCACCCUCAUCGAGUCCGAACCAGAUAUCACACCAUCGAUACACCUUUCCAGGACCACAGGAGGAUGAGGCGGGAUAGGCGACUGUCAGUCUACAGCGACUCGUACGAAUCUCCUGAGAGACAUUACAAUGGUCCCAAUCACGUUCCCUCACCGUGGCCUAAUCACGUCACGAACGGAUCCUCUGAUGAUUACAGGACCUGCCCGAAGAUAGAAAUCGAACCUUCCACAGAUGCAGAAAGAGAGGAUCAUAUACCAGAGUUUCCAGUUAGCCACGAGCCAUUUGAGGAGGAUUUGAGGUACGCUUGUGCCACAGUGGACAGACAUUACAGGUCGAGGUCAGCUGACCAGCGCCCGAUGAUGGAGAGACAGUUCUACACUCGCUCGCGCUCAUCCGAGCGUCCCGAACCGUCCUACAUGAGGUCCAUGCCGUCUUUACCCUCCAGGAGAUCUGCCCCUCCCUCUCCUGCCUUAACGAGGGCGAAUCCUCGGGCCGGGUCGGUCCAAACAAGUCCCUCGAACACACCAGCGUCCGCUCGACGAGGCCGGCAGUUACCGCAGGUCCCUCCCAAGGGCUCCAUUGACAGAAAUGGUGGAGAGGGCGUGGCAGAGCAUUACGAAGGUUCUCUAAAGGAUCCAUCCAGGCGUGGAAUGGACAGCCUGUCUAUGAAGUCCUCAGACAGUGACGUCAGUGACAUAUCUGCCAUGUCCAGCGCGUCUCGGCUUAGCAGUGCAAGCUACAUGUCCGUCCAGUCUGAGAGAGCGCGGGCCGCUCGCAAAAUUAGUGGGUUUACAUCCAAAAUGAAACACAGGGCUCAGACAGCUACACCGGGCUCCAACAUCACCAAGAGCUCCAGCGUCGGAGGAGAAAUGUGCUCACUCGGCAGGAAUGACGACGAUGAAGAUGACAAGAAGAGGCGCUCUAGCUUUGGGGCCAAGAUGGCUGCUAUGGUGGGUUUGGGGAAGAAGAGCCAGAGCACAUCACAGCUGGAUCCAGAGGAGGAGGGAAAGAAGAAGAAGCCGGUGCGUUUGGCCAUUCAGAGGAGUGUAGAGACGGGAUUGGCCAUUGAGAUGAAGAGCAGAAUGACACGACAGCCGAGCAAAGAGACAGCUGAGGAAGGCGAGAAGCCCAAACCGGGAAAUCUUAUUUUCCCUGGCGUAAAAAUCUCAACAGACAGUCAGUUCUCCGAGUUCUUGGAUGGUUUAGGCCCCGCCCAACUCGCUGGGAGACAGACACUGGCCACGCCCCCAAUGGGUGAUAUCCAGAUUGGCAUGGUGCACAGGAAGGAGCGUCUAGAUGUGGAGGUGAUUCGUGCUAGAGGUCUGGUGGGCAAACCGGGCAACAAACAGACACCAGCACCCUACGUUAAAGUCUAUUUACUGGACAAUGGGAAAUGUAUAAACAAGAAGAAGACACGGCUGGCAAGGAAAACACUGGACCCUCUAUAUCAGCAGCAGUUGCAGUUUGAGGAAAGUCCUGAAGGAAAAGUGUUACAGAUCAUUGUGUGGGGAGAUUAUGGCCGCAUGGACCACAAGUCAUUCAUGGGUGCUGCUCAGAUCCUGUUGGACGAUUUAGAGCUCACCAACAUGGUGAUUGGCUGGUACAAACUGUUUCCACCCACCUCAUUGGUGGAUCCGACGUUAGCUCCUUUGAGCAGUAAAGCUCCUGAAGGAGCGACUGACAGAUCAAAUGUUCGCUCAUAA